AUGGGGUUGUUGUUUGUAUUAUUGGGGGUUUUUUGUUGGGGGGGUGGGGUUGUGUUUGGGGUUGGUGGGGGGGGUGGGGUGGGGGGGGGGGUGGGGUUUGGGUUGGGGGGGGUGUUGGGUGGUGGGGUGUGGGGGGGGGGGUGGUGGUGGGGGGGUGGGGGGGGGGGGGGGGGGGUGUUGGUGUGUGUGGGGGGUGUGGGGUGUGGGUUGUUUGUUUUUAGGGAUGGUGUUUGGGUUAGUGUUAGUGGUUGGUGUUGUGUUGUUUGGGUGGUGUUGUGGUUGGUGGUGGUUUGGUUGGUGUUUGUGGUUGGUUUGGUGUGGUUGGGUGGUGUUGUGGUUGGGUGGUGUGUGGUUGGGGGUGGUGUUGUGUUGGUGGUGAUGUUGUUGUGGUUUGUGGUUGGUGGUUUUGUUGUUGUGUGGUGGGGUUGUAGGUUGGGGUUUUUUGGUUGGUGUGUUGUGGUUGGUGUUUUGGUGGUGUUUUUGUUGUUGGGGUGGUGGGUUGUGGUUGUGGUGUUGUGGUUGGUGUGUUUUUGGUUGGGGUGGUUUUGUUUUGGUGUUUUGUGUGGGGGGGGUGUGGUUGGUUGGGGGGGGGGGUGUGGGUUGGUUUUGGGGGGGUGGGGGGGGGGGGGGGGGGGGGGGUGUGUGGUGGGUGUUUUUGUGGGUUGUGGGGUGUGGGGGUGGUGGGGGGGGGUUGGUGGGGGGGGGGGGGUGGGUGUGGGGGUUUGUGUUGUGGUUGGGGUGGUUAUGGGUUUUGGUGGUGGUGUGAGUUGUUGGUGGGAUAGGUUUGUUGUUUGUUGUGGAGGUGGUUUUGUGGGUUGGGUGGGGUUUGGGUGGGGGGUGGGUUUGGGUUUGUUGUGGGUGUGUGGUUGUGAGAAUGUGGGGAGUGUAGUGGGAGAGAGAAGGGGGAGAGAUGAGUGGAGUGAGAGGUUGGAGAGUGUGUGGUGUGUGUGUGUGUGUUUGGGGUGUGGGUGUGGUGUGUGUGUGGGUGUGUGUUGUGUAGUGUGGGUGUGUGUAGUUGAGUGGUUUGUGUGUGGGUGUGAGUGGGUUUUGGUUUGUUGGGGGGGGGAGGGUGGGGGUGUGUGGGGGGGGUGGGGUUUUGGGUGGGGUGGUUGGGGGGUGUUGGUUUUGGUUGUGGUUGGGGGUGUUGUGGGGUGUGGUGGGGGUUUGGGUGGGGGUGGUGGGAGGGUAGGGGGUUUUGGGUGGUUUGUGAGGGUUAGGGGGGGGUUGAGAGGGGGGGGGGGGUGGUUUGGGUGGUGGUGUUUGGGGUGGUUGGGUGUGGGAGGUGUUAGUGGGGUGGGGUGUGGUGUGGUGGGGUGUGUGGUUUGUGGGGUUGGUGGGUGUUAUGGGGGGUGUAUUGGUUUGGUGGUGGGGGGGGGGGGGGGUUUUUUGGGUGGGGGGGUGUGGGGGGGUGGUUGGGUGUUUGUGGUUGGUUGGGGGGGGGGGGGUGUUGGGGGGGUGUGGGGGGGGGUUGGAGGGGUUUGGUGGGGGUGGGGGGUGGGGGGGGGAGGGUGUGGGUUGUGUGGGGGGGGGGGGGGUGUUGGUUGGGUUGUGUUUAGAAUGGGAAGUGGAGUUGGGAUGAGGGGGGGGGGGUAUGGUUUGAUAGAAUGA